UUAGAAUUGAGCUAUACAUUUUAGCCGGUAUCUGCAGUGUCCCGAUUGACGGUCCCUAGCCCAACCGCGUUUUCCUAGUUUUGGAAGAGAGCGCGCGUUUGACCCUGUAUCGAUCUGAAUAUUACGUGUGGUCGUUCGUGCAGUACGUUCUCUCGGGAUAUUCGCCUAACGGUCGCCGUCGGCGCCGGCCUUGCUGUGCUGUUUACGCGCCGUCUAACUUAUAUCAUUCCCGCGAUCAUGCUUGCGCUGACCAAUUAGAAACGUAAAUACCACAAAUAAAUUUGUGUGCACGAAACAGCAAUCGCGGACCACACUUGCGUAUCUGAUCGAUUUCAAGCGAACGAGAGGUCCAGACGUUAAGAUGGGUUGCUUUGUCAGUAAAGAUAAACUUACCAAGGAAGAUAUGGACUUCCUGAAAACACACACAUCAUACGAUGAGACCACUAUCAAGGAGUGGUAUAAAGGAUUUAAACAAGAUUGUCCCAAUGGCCGGUUGACUCCAGCGAAAUUCGUGGACAUGUACAAGAUGUUCUUCCCGUCCGGGAACGCGGUGGAGUUCUGCGACCAUGUUUUCCGCACUUUCGAUAUGGACAAAAACGGAUACAUUGAUUUCAAGGAAUUCCUGCAGGCGAUUCAUGUUACGUCCAGUGGAACUCCAGAGGAAAAGCUUAAAUGGGCAUUCCGUAUGUACGACGUGGAUGGAAAUGGGGUGAUCGAUAUUCAGGAGAUGACUAAAAUAGUUCAGGCAAUUUACGAUAUGUUGGGUGCCUGUUCAAGUAACAGGCCGGCGGACUCGGCCGAAGAGCGUGCCAAGAAUAUUUUCGCAAAAAUGGAUGAGAACAACGAUGGACAGCUCACACAGGACGAGUUCCUCAAGGGCUGUCUUCAGGACGAGGAGCUCUCUAAAAUGCUAGCGCCUUAAACGCAAUAAAUAAAAUUCAGCAUA